AUGGGAAUUUAUUCCGACACUGAUGAUGACUCUCCCAUCGGGAUUGAGGUGGUAGGCGAGGCGAGUUCUGAUUCGGAAGAACCAAACCCCCAUUCAACCACAAAGCGAAAAGUUUCCGGGGCUGUAGACCAUAAUAAUGGUUAUAAUCAAAAAAAAAACAAGCGGAGGCGGUUAAAAAAUAAAUGGGAGGAAAACCCUCAGCUGCACGAAACGCCGGAUGAGGAGCAAAUUAGCAACGUUAAAAAGCGUGUUUAUGUGUUGGACACAUGUUCUAUUGUUGAGCACAUUGAGUGGUCAAUUUUGGAGGAAGUUGCCAAGUAUUACUUGAUUAUCAUACCAAAGAAAGUGAUGGACGAAUUAGGAAAAAUGGAAGGGGGAAGGGGAAGUACAUGCAACAGGGUGUUGAACAAACUGGAGAAUGAGCACACGAGUAACAAAAUGAAUGUUGGCUUCCGUUUGCAGCGCAAAAAUGAUAAGGACAAAAAUGUUUUGUCUGCAGCUCGUGUGAAUGACGAUCACAUUCUUUCGUGUGCAUGUUCCUUCCGUAACGAACAUGAUGUCGUAUUAGUUACGAGUGAUAAUAUAUUGAAACUGAAGGCAUAUGCAGAGGGCAUACCGACAGUAUCGACGCUCAAAGACGUCACCCGACUGACUAAUGGUUUAAGAGGUGGGAAAUUUGAAUGA